UAGUCUUGGGUUAUCUGGUUAUCAUGAUCGGACUCUUGCUAGUACUUACAACAAGACUAAGUGCAAGUGGGCGCUAGCUAUGCGCUCAGCAAACACCAAGAAAGGCACGCGAACGUGCGAACUAACGCGUUACUUUUCGGCGCAGGGAGUCGUGAACUGAGCCUUGAUCUGAACCGGCAUACGCACGAUGGCGGAGAGGCAAUCUUCUGUCAUUGCCCAACCAGGCGCGGGUCUGACCGGAACUGCAGAGAAUUGCCUAAAGCCGGGCGAGGACGAGCGAGUAACCGUGAACGAGCCACCUGCUGAAACGUCCAGUCCUUUUCAUUCCAUUUUUGCCCUGGAGGUGGGCUGCGACAAUUGCGACAAAGGCCAACCUCUGCCUCUGGCUUAUCAAGGAACGUGUUUCUUACUCAGCGAUCUGAACUGUCGCAAGGAGGAGUACAUCUUCGCGACUGCCGCACAUAAUCUGUUCUGCGACGAUUGCGGCGAAUGGCUCUGGGUACAAAUCUACAGCGAUUUAUCUCAGGAGCAGUUCCUAACCAUGGGAAAGAUAUCCCGCAAGAACAAGAAUGGCUGGUUGAUCGUUGCUGACUGGUACAAGGAGAAUGCCAAGGAUGCAAAGAAGAAGAGCAACCCUGACCUAUUUCGACACGACUAUGGCAUAAUAACAGCCAAGAAGAGUCGCUGUAAGUGUCCGCUAGCGUACUGGGCAGAUAAAAACCUUCUUGGCGUUGCGACCCAGUGCCAGAAGAAUGAGGAUGACGUCCGCAUGUGCGGAUACCCAAUGGACACCUACUAUGGUGGCAAAGAAGAGAGGGCCGAGAAACGCAAAUACUGGGUUGACAAGCCUCGCCCUGCUACGUUUGCAGAGCACAGCCAUCAGCUUCACCACUUUGUUGACUCUAGCCCAGGGCAAAGUGGCUCGCCCGUCUUCCUUCUGCCCAAAGAAGGCGAAGCUGAGACGGCCUCUGCUACUGGCUAUGUUGUGGGGAUUCACGUCAAAGGUGCCGAUGAGCGUAAUUCCGCGGUGAAGCUCCGGGACGAGCAUGGACGCGACACAAAGCCAAUGGAAGACCUCCGAAAUUGGGCGAAGGAUCCAUCACCAUGGUUACCAGCCAAAAAUGUUGAAGUUGCUGAGAAAUCAGUCAAGCGCGUGGUCAGGCGGUCGGAACAGAAGGGUAUGCACGGAGGUCGACUGCAUCAACAGCAACAAGCAGAUAGCGGAGCGGAGGCGCCAACGACAAAGGAACCCAAGAAGAAGUACGAGUCUCUCGUCCAACAGCUCUCUGACAGGACAGGAUGGGAGAGUGGCGUCUUCAGAAAACUUGUGCCUGACCUGGUUUCCAUGCUUACUCCUGCUGCUAUGCUUCGCCAGUGUGAGGCUGAGGAGCUGAUUACGUUUGACCAGCGUCAGCUAUUUGCAACAUACCCUGGCCCUGCAGCGCAGAAUGAGGCAUUGCUCGAUGCACUACGCCUGGGUGAUGACGCAUCCUUCCACACCUUCCUUGAAUGCAUCCGUAAAGUCGAGCCACCAGCCAGCGCGAGAAGGUUAUUGGCCAAGCUGGAACCCGUCGACAAAUUCCGCAGCACUGCUGAGGCCGCAUCAGCGUCUGCAGGAGCAUCCGCUGCUGAUCCAGUGGUCAAGCGCGGGGCCCAGCAACAAGCAGAUAGCGGAGCGGAGGCGCCAACGACAAAGGAACCCAAGAAGAAGUUCUAUGAGAACCCAUUCAAAGACCCCGACUAUGUGGCGAAAAUCGACGUGCCAUUGAAAGAUCUUGACGGUGUCGAGUUAAGGCGCAGUUUGCAGCCCAAGAAUGUACUAACCCAGGAUCAAGUGAAGAGGUUGGAGAAGAUGUCGAGCGAAACGCAUAACUACAACAUGAUCGGGUGGAUUCAGUUGUCACGUCGCCGUGGAUAUGUUGCGCUGUGCGAGGUUAUUCAGGAGUGGGGAGUUGAGCCAGAACUGUUGGAAGACAUGAACAACCUGCUGCCACCCGAGCUUCGUGUGGGAAAAGGAUGUGCUGCUGCUCUGCGCAGUCCCAGUGAACUCGAAGCAGCAGAGCAGGAGGCAGCCCGUUUGGAAGCAAAACGAGGUGCGCGUCUGUCCAACAACGCCAUGCAUGAAGCUACAAAUAUGACACUAAGCAGCGGUUUGACCAGAGUACGCCGUAUCCGCAUCAGCCUCUGUGGUCAGUUUGGAACCGGCAAGACGAGCCUGGCGGAUUCGCUCAAGAACAAACAGUUCAUGGACAAGAGGGCAAGUACACCGGCACUUGCUGUUGAUCAUGGCAAUGUGCUCCACGGAUCAGGAAACCUGACGGAUUGGGAGUUCAAUGCUGCAUUCCUCUAUACUCCGGGCAUCCUUGUCCGGGCUGAAGAUCUUGAGAAGAAACACCAGCAACGGGAACAAGAAGCGAAGCGAGCUGGGCCUACAGGCCUCCAGCGUACGGGAACAGCAACGCAAGAGGCAGCGUUUCCAGCUGCAAAGCAAACGUUAAAACUUGGCAAAGGUCCAGAAGCAGCACCCAGCUCAGCUGAAUUGACACAGAGCCUCAUCGAUGUCAUCUUGGAGAACCAAGAGCUGAUGCGAGACAUUGGAGAAGAAGAAGUCGUGGUGUCCAUUUGGGAUUGCGGCGGCCAAUCAAUCUUCUCAAGCCUGCAGCAUUUCCUAAUGGGUAAAGAUUACGUCAUCUAUAUUCUCUGUUUCAACGCCUCAGAAAACUUCCAGCUCACCAAACAGCAGAACUACUGGAAGUGGUCAGGGAGUACACUGUCUGAAAUGACUCUGGACGUACCGGAGGAGCUGGAGAACAUCGACCACAUUCGGCACUGGCUAACAGCCAUCCACUUUGCCAGCAACCCAGGCAAGGCUGUGGAAAGCGAGGCGUUUGACUACCCGCCUGUGAUAUUGGUGGGGAACUUUGCCGACAAGCUGUCGACAGAUAGGACACUUUCGGAGCACAAGGUUGAUAUCCUCGAGAAGCUAGGAAAGCUCUGCCGCCGGUCACCAACUUUCCAGGGUAUGCUUAAGAGAAAAAACAUUGAUCCCGCAGGGUUGUUCCUUGUGGACAACCACGAGUCCGGAGCUUCUCAAGAAGUUCGAGGAAUCCUAAAGAAGCUACAGGGUGCUGUUUCAUCGGUGCUGGCAAACAAGGAGAUUCCGACGGAAUGGGUUCGCUUUGAGAUGAUAAUGGAGUAUCUAAAGAAACAACCCACCCACACUGGCUACACAACACGAGACUCGAUGAAGACACUGGUGGAGAAGGCCUGCAAGAUCCGCGAUGACUUCGGCAUGGACGGUGCUCCAUCCGAGUUCGAGCGUCUGCUUCGGUUCUACGACGACCUACGUGUCAUCAUCUAUCGGCCGGCAGACAAGAACUCGCCGCAGCCUGAUGACAUCAUCUUCCACAACACACAGUGGCUCAUCAGGCAGAUCAACGUCCUCGUCUUUGGCCAUAUGUACCCGGUCGAACCGGGCGGAGGUGAUGGCUGGACGGCAAAGGAAGCAGGGACAGCAGAAACGGAUUGGCGCAACUAUCUGUGGUCAAAGGGUAUAGCACGCUGGCAACUAAUGAAGUGUGCCUGGGAAGCAGUCAAAAUAGAAGUUCGAAACAAGAUGCUGGAUGUGAUGGUCGACUGGGAUUUGCUGUACAAAUUCGGAGACGCCUCGGAUGCAAAGUACUUCAUCCCAUCAGCUCUUCAACGUCGCCCGCCGAAGAAAAUCGAGGAGGCCCUGCGCAGCUUCCAGCAGGACAAUGAGCCGAACGACGUCUGCUUCUCCACAGCUGACACACCGUUGCUGAUCAUGGUUCAGCCACCAGGCAAGCAUGAGGAAGACCACCUGGACUACAAUGAUCCCGGCGCGGACACACCGAUGCCACACAGCUCCUACUUCAAGCUACUCGUACGGCUCAUGAGAAAGUGGAACAUCACAAAUACCGACCGGAGUCGCUGUGAGUUCACCUACAACACAGCCAGGUUUCGGCUGUGGUUGCCGGAGCAGUUCCCAGGCAAGGUGGAUAUCUUCUUGGCUCACUACGACUCGUCAGGUGCAAUGCUGGUCAGCGUCAACUUCCGGUGCUCGCCUGACUGUGCUGCUAGCGACUCUAACUGGCUGCGUCCGAUCUCAUCGAUAUGCCAGUAUAUCCGCAAGGUUAUCAUGGAGGAGUUGGGUAAGCUGGAGAACCCGAAACUGGACAAGCCAGUCAUGUUCAGCUUACCACUACCGCCAGUGUGCAAAUGCAAAGCACAGGAGUGGAAGGACUACAGCAGCGAAAGCCGGGACCUCGGAUAUGCACCGUGGCGUGUACGCUACAGCGAAUCCGGUGCUCUUCACGAUUCGUUCUGCAACGUGUGCAAGUUGACCUACAGCAUGCCCAACAACUCAAACUGCUGGUUCAAAGCUAGUAGUAGCUUUCAGCUCGAAGGACAGCAGAAUGCUGUAGCGAGGAAGCAAGUGGCAAUCUGGGAGAAGAAAGCGGAGAUUGCCAAUGAUGAGUCACUUCCUACGGAGGUGAAGAAGUUCCUUGCUGACCGUGCGGACAAGUGUCUGUGUAUGCUGGCUGGAAGCAGAGAUACACUUGCCGUGGCAUCACCGUCGUUCGGCACUAUCGAGCCGGCUGUGGGUCUGGAGUCAUGGAAGCUGUGCUGCCAGUAUGUCGUUGCUGGGCAUUCGGAUGUGAUCCUGCGUGUUGCUCGGAUGUGCGACACUCAGCAGAGCGAAGAUGAGCUUGUUCAUGAUCUAAGGCGCUUCUGUGAGGAGAAACAGCGUGGCUCUUCUGAGCGUAGCGAAGCGGAGGCGCCAACGGCGACAAAGAAGAAGUUCAAGCGCGGGGUCAAGCACGGGGCCAGGCGGUCGGAACAGAAGGGUAUGCAUGGAGAUCGACUGCAUCAACAGCAACAAGCAGAUAGCGAAGCGGAGGCGCCAACGGUGACAAAGAAGAAGUUCAAGCGCGGGGUCAAGCACGGGGCCAGGCGGUCGGAACAGAAGGGUAUGCAUGGAGGUCGACUGCAUCAACAGCAACAAGCAGAUAGCGAAGCGGAGGCGCCAACUGCGACAAAGAAGAAGUUCAAGCGCGGGGUCAAGCGCGGGGCCAGGCGGUCGGAACAGAAGGGUAUGCAUGGAGGUCGACUGCAUCAACAGCAACAAGCAGAUGGCGGAGCGGAGGUGCCAACGGCUAGGCUACCAACGACAAAGGAACCCAAGAAGAAGUUGAAGCUCGGGGUCAGGCGUGGGGUCAAGCGGUCGGAACAGAAGGGUAUGCAUCGAGGUCGAUUGCAUCAACAGCAACAAGCAGAUGGCGGAGCGGAGGCGCCAACGGCUAGGCUACCAACGACAAAGGAACCCAAGAAGAAGUUGAAGCUCCGGGUCAGGCGUGGGGUCAAGCGGUCGGAACAGAAGGGUAUGCAUCGAGGUCGAUUGCAUCAACAGCAACAAGCAGAUGGCGGAGCGGAGGCGCCAACGGGUAGGCUACCAAUGACAAAGGAACCCAAGAAGAAGUUGAAGCUCCGGGUCAGGCGUGGGGUCAAGCGGUCGGAACAGAAGGGUAUGCAUCGAGGUCGACUGCAUCAACAGCAACAAGCAGAUAGCGAAGCGGAGGCGCCAACGGCGACAAAGAAGAAGUUCAAGCGCGGGGUCAAGCGCGGGGCCAGGCGGUCGGAACAGAAGGGUAUGCAUGGAGGUCGACUGCAUCAACAGCAACAAGCAGAUAGCAGAGCGGAGGCGCCACCGGCGAAAAAGAAGAUGUUCUAUGAUGACCCAUUCGACCACCCCGACUAUGUGGCGAAAAUCGACUUGCCAUUGAAAGAUCUUGACGGUGUCGAGUUAAGGCGCAGGUUGCAGACCAAGGGAAAACUAACCAAGAGCCAAGUGCGGAGGUUGGAGAAGAUGUCGAGCGAAACGGCGCAUAACAACGAGAUGAUCGGGUGGAUUCAGGACUAUCAUCGCGAUGGAUAUGUUGCACUGUGCGAGAUUAUUCAGGAGUGGGGAGUUGUGCCAGAACUGUUGGAAGACAUGAAAAACCUGCUGUAACCCAAGUGACGUGUGAAAAAGGAUGAUGGUGAUGAUGAUGGUGAUGGUGGCCAUGAUUGAUCAAUACUGGAUCGCGGCGAGAAUUUGUUCUGUCUGUCUCUCUCUCUUCCUGUGAGUCCUUCUGUCUGUCUGCCGGUACAUCUUUCUGUCCGUUUUUCUGGUUCACCUCAGACUCUAGACUGAGCUCUCUCCUUCACUUUCUCUCGCUCUCGCUUGCUCUCGCUCUCACCUAGUCUCCCGCUCCCACUCACUCAUUUAGUCGCGAUAUUCUUCAUUUGCCUGCUGCAUUCGCUGUCGUAAGCACUACUUCCUUUGAGUAUGCCUUUCUUCUUCUUCUUCUUCUCGGCCUUUCAAUUGCUACAUGACUCGCUAGAGACUGCUCUCCCUUAGCUUUGACUUAGCUCCUUUUAUUGGUACAUGAUCACAAAGUAUUUUUUUUCACUCCUUAGCAGUGCAGCACCAUGGGCCCCGCGUGCUGGGGCAAAGUUGCACGGAACCAGAAUGCUGGAUUUCCCCGCGCGUGCCCUUCGCUCCGUGCACAGUACCUGACCCAUGUGUAGAGUCUAGAUAGAUUGUCUGAGUUGUGUUGAAUUGUCAUUCAAUUUCUUUUUAUUCUCAAAAACAUUAUACAUAUAUCUCUACAUUCUAUCUCUGUGACUUAGAACCUCGCUUUAGGUCCGUAUUUGACUAUUUGAGCUUAGACACUGCUGGAAAAGCAGUGCACUAGUCCGACGUCAUCAUGUCGAAUAGCGGAACAUGUUGUAAAAAUUCUUUCCGGUUGAACCGGUAUACCCAUAGAAUUAUCAGCUUCUGCGCGGCCUCAUUUCUGCCUAUCCUUUUUCACUUUGGCUACCCUUUUUCACUUUUUUGCAAUGCUUUUUCAAAUGGCAACUUCUUUAAUUUUUCUAAGGAAGUGCAAUUUUCACAGCAGCCAUUUUCACAAAUAAUUGCUGUUGCCGGUUGAACCGGUAUGCGUAAUCACAUUCUGCUCGUCUUUUAUUCCUGCAUUUGCUUUUCAUUUUUACUGUCUCUUUGCCUUCGUACUUCUAUUUUCAAAGCACCUUUUUAUUUCAUUUUUCAAGGCACCGCAAUUUCCAAAGCAGCCAUUUAUAUAAAUGAUUUCUACUUUCCUAAAGCACUGCCACCUGGUAUUUUCAAACUGCAAAUCUCUCGCCCUAGAUUCAUUCACCUUGGGGAAAGGAGGGGGUAUGACUCUCUCGUUUUCACGUGGACAUUGAGAUUGUUACAGUGGCCUGCAUGUGCUGUUCUUUUGCGCACGACA